UCAGUGGAUAAUAUGAACCACAAGCAAACGAGUGGAUGUGAAGGAAGUUUUGGCACUUGGAGAUUUGAAGAUAAUUUCAGGGCACCCUCUCCCCGUAAGUUUCUGUAGAUUCAUUCGUAGCUAGCUUAGAAUAAGCAAAUCUCCCGUUUCCCUCUUAGACAGUUAAGUUUCAAUGGCGACACUCGCAAGUUUCUUAGCAAAACCCCCUUCAUCUCUAUCUUCAAUCCCAAAAAACAGUGGUCUGUACCGGCACUGUUCCUUUUUAAGCUUGGUCAACAAACAAAAACCUCUGUCGACAAACCUAGAAGCCAACCAAAGCCACUUCAAUAGCUUUAUUACCAAGGCUACAGCCGCCCCUGGCACUAAGAAAGUGGAAAGCGAUGAAAGAGUGCAGAAAGUGCACAGCAUACAGGAAUUCGACGAUGCCCUUGAAACAGCCAAAAACAAGCUCGUGGUCGUCGAAUUUGCCGUCAGCGACAGCGCCCAGAGCAGAAAAAUGUACCCUUUUAUGGUGGACCUCAGCCGUACUUGCAAUGACGUGGAGUUCCUGCUGGUAAUGGGGGACGAAUCAGAAAAGACCAGAGAGCUCUUCAGAAGAGAGAAAAUUGAAAAAGUCCCACAUUUCAGCUUCUACAAAAGCAUGGAGAAAAUCCACGAAGAGGAAGGAAUAGACGGAGAUCGGCUUAGGGGAGAUGUGCUGUAUUACGGGGACAACCACUCUGCUGUGGUUCAACUGCAUCAGAGGGAGGACUUGGAGAAGUUGAUUGCAGAGCAUAAGGUGGACCACAAGCUGAUUGUGCUUGAUGUGGGGCUCAAGCACUGUGGGCCCUGUGUGAAGGUGUAUCCGACGGUGGUGAAGCUGUCGAGGAAGAUGUCAGACACGGUGGUGUUCGCGAGAAUGAACGGUGAUGAGAAUGAUAGCUGCCUGCAGUUCCUCAAGGACAUGGAGGUGGUGGAGGUGCCUACUUUCUUGUUCAUUAGAGAUGGUGAGAUUUGCGGGAGGUAUGUGGGCUCUGGUAAAGGGGAGCUUAUUGGUGAGAUUCUGAGAUACCAAGGAGUCCGUGUGACUUAUUAGUUCCCUUCCCUUCUCAUCAAAAUUAUUUUUACAAAAAUUUCUACUACUUGUUUCUGUGACUAUGAGAAAGAGUCACCUUAAUUAUACAUGAAGUUGAAUAAAAAAUUUACUUAGAAUU